AUGCGGGGGAGCUGCAGCGAGGGUGCAUUAUCAGGAGGAUGUUUGCCAUCUAGAGCUACAACAAACCCCUUAGGAGGACCCAGUUCAGCCGGAUCACUGGAAAUGGCUGAGAUGUUAGGAGCUGAAGCAUUUUACGGGUUACCUAUUCUUUGUUCCCUGUGGUCUGAGCGCAAACUCCCAAAACGACGCGGCGCGAGGGGGAGAGGCCAACAUUGGUCUUGUGCUUCGGGUGAAAGCGGCAAGAAGCGGAAUUGCAACCUUCCUCCACAGCUCCUCUUCACCAUUAUGAGUUACCUCCUACCAGAAGGUAUGUUGAAAAUGAGGUUGGUUUGCCGUACCUUCAACGACGUGUUCCUCACGUACAGCGUCCAGGAAACAUUCGCCGUGUCACUCCCCCGUAGUUUCAUGGAACCGACAGUAGGAUUUCAAACUCUCUCAGGACUGAUAAAAGAACGUGAGGCCGUUCUACGCAAUAAGGAGCGCUCCUGGUCUAAGUGGCUCUCAGCAUACGUGGUGAUGUGGCUCCGAAAAGAAGCAAACAAUGAUACCAUAAGCAAGGCGACGGUGGAGGGACAAGCCCUGUGGGUGCAGCUUCAGCGAUCGCGGGUGUUAUGUCGGCUCGCAAUGGAGGAAUGGCUCGGGCACCUCUCAGACUGCCGCCGUGCGCAGUAUAAUAUACGUAGGAACUGGUUCAACCCAACAAAUUUGGGUUGUACGUUGCGGACUGGAGUGCCGCCCGUUUUCCUACCGGAUGGAACACUCUGCAUUAAUGACCCACCAGAUGUAGUGAAGUUUUACGCCAAGCGUGACAGGGGGUUGCCUUUGUGUGAAGAUGCGCUCUCUCACAAAACUGUAUCGCGAAAAAACGACUCGCUUAAGGACAUGUGGGCUCCCUUUGAAGAGCUUGCGUUUCCUGCAUAUGUGUGUCUAAUGUAUUAUGACCCUUACGUGGAUGCGCUCCACAUCAGUCUGGCGAGCGGCACGUGCACACUUUGGCGUGUGAACAGCAUAGGAAUUGAGGCUGCAGCGCAUCGCACUGCAUCUGAAGCGGAUUUUGAGAGUUCUUCACAUCAACUGUGGCGUAAGACUGAUCUUCCUUGCCGUAGCAUCCCUAGCAGAAUUGAGGUGGUGGGAAACUACACCAUUUCUAGCGAGUUUCUUGCUUGUUCCGUGACGAUGACAAGAGACGGUAUUAAGCUAGAGGACUACAGGUGGAGUGAAGACGAAGUGAUGUCUAAAGUGCGUUUGUUUGGUGAGGGCGCGAAUGGCGACACUAGUCGUAUCAUCGUGGCAAGUUGUGGCCGAGACGUGUCAGCAUCCCUUCUUCCGAGAGCCACUGCCGGUGAUGCACACCUUACGAAGGAGGAUGUGGCAGUACUGAACAUUUUGCAAAAUCAGUUGUCAAACGCGAGUAACAGUGUAAACAGACCUCGAGCGGGUCCUACUCGCGGUGAAGCUUCUGCGAAUGAAUCCCAUAGACCGUCUGCCACCAACUCUGUUGAUGGUAUUAACGGUGGGCAUAACGAUGUGGAGAGUGGCAAUAACGGCGGGAAUAUCAUUUCUAUUGCCGGUGGGCCUGGUAACGGAGCAUUUGAGCUGCUUGUUGACGACAUUGAGCACGAAGGAGUAGGAACUGCUGCGUCUGAGGUAACCGCUAACCACCUGGAAGGGGAAAGGGGAGAUAGAAUCACCGACUUCAGGCCCUCUUCAAUCACAAUUAAUUCCACCGAGAGAAUCGACAUAAAGCGACACGUUUUUGGAGUGUUCAACGAGCAGGCGAGACUGAUGUGCACUGUUGCGAUCACACACGAAGUGGCUGUUUUCAUUUUGACCCAAUCAGGUUGCAGGACAUUAGGAGUAAAUUACAGCGGAGGAAUACAUGCUGCGUCCGUGCUGAGCUCACCGGUGUUUAAGCGUUGUGAGUCACCUACAGCAGAGCACCCGUGCGAGGAGGGAGAUGCAUUGUUUCUGUGCGCCUCUCAACACAACGUACUAAUCUGUCAGCAGAAGUUAUAUCGUCGCCUGGAAGAGGUUGAAAUAUUGGUUAUUCACCAGAAUCACCGAGAGGCAGCAACAUCACGAGGCGCUUUGCGGCCAAGUGAGCAGCGUUAUGGGACGUGGUAUUUUCUUAAGGGGUAUUCAUACCACUCUCCACCAAUGAUAUUGAGACCAUUGGUGGAGGUUUCUUCUCUUAUGCUGCAGGCAUUCGUUCAACCGCGUCCCCUAUUACCGGAGCAUCUAGAAUGGCUCAGUAAAAGGUCAAAUGAGGGAACAUGCAAGGUAGAUUGUCAACGGCAGCGGGAGGAGCACCUCCCGCCGUACAAGUCUUCCUGGUGGUGCCCGCAAAGGGACGGACACCCUUACUUCCACAAGCCAUUUGUAAUGUUUAUUUCAAAAUUUGUGGGGUAUCUACUUGCUGGUUGCGACUGUACUUCCGGGGGAUACCAGGAGGUCUCUACGGACGACCGAGAGCAUUUUCAUAGCGUUCCCCUCCUUGAUGGGAUUGCAGUGAAGCGGCUCCACCCGUCCGCAGUGGCACUGUCGCCUUCGCAUGCUUUUUUCGUCCUCGGAAUGGAAAACGGUUCGAUUCUGAUGGUGUCUCCAUCAUGUCGAAAGUGUGAUCAGGCAAAAGACGGUCAGGGGGGUUGCACCACAGAUGCGCAGGUCAAUGGGGCCCAUCUCAUUGAGCAAUUGGACACCAUAUCCAUUCCCGAAGGUGGGGAGGGAUAUUUGGCGAGCAGAGAAGCCCCCCAACUUCUUGUUGCUGGCGAGGACUUGCACGAGGAAGGAGCGGAUGAAGGAGAAAGCUCCUCAAGCUCCGAAGAUGAGGCUGCACACCCCCGCUCUCAACACCCACAUACAAGCCAUUUAUACCGAACAACAAUAAUUAGCAACAGGGUGCGUGGUUCGGCGCGGCAAAAGCGCAACCUUCGGUCGUUCACCCCACAACAGCUGUUUGGAUGUGCUUUCCAUGAGGAUCCAUACAUCUCUGCGUUACAGCGCUGUUCAUCAUCGAUUCUUAAUUCAAUGGAACGCCUUGAAGGGGAACAGCGGCGGCACCAUCCCACACCGAUUCAUGCCGUCUGGAUUCAUGCCCCGCGUGAUUGCUACCGGUUCUCACGUAAGUCAGGCAUAUGGAGUAUGCACUUGGAUGAUUGGAAAUUAACCGUACUUAACAGGCUGUAUGAACUAACGGUAUACGACCUCUCUAUGCAAUCUUUCGUCGGAAAAGACAAUGUUAAAGGGAGUGUUGUGUUCGCACCACUACUAACACUGAGCCCAUAUUUAAGUCAUCCGUUUCUGGGUGUCCCAAUGAAAGAUGAGGAGAAGUGGCUUUGUUCGAAGAUACGUAGACGGAUGCGGGCGGAAACGGAACGAACUGCCUCUGGAUGGGAAAUUGUGUGGCACAAUGGAGUGCUGGUUGUGCUUGGAGUGUCAAAAGGAUGGAGGUACUCCGUUUUUGACUUUCAUGCAAGGUUUAGUGACCCCGAUGUGAAAAACUUUUCAGACCCAGCGCCAGUGGCAUAUUCAGCUAAGCGAGACGAGUACUAUGAAAGUAUUUCUGGUUCUCAAAUGUUAGUGCCUCUCGAUUUUGGAAAAAAAGGGACUCACAAGCUAGCGCUGCCCCGUCACUUCCCACUCCUUAGGCGGGACGAGAAUAUGUAUUUGGUGAGGCUUUCGGUAAGGGCCGUCACAUUGGUGUUUCUAUGCGUGGCGUUAAUACUGGUGAUGCUGCGUAUCGAUGGAUAUAUCACAGCGCCGCAUUGGGUCGCAGCCGCUGCUUACGCUCCGUAUGCACUAGACGUCAUCGCCAACUCAUUCACAGACUAUGAUAGAUAUUACAUAGUCCGUAGUGACGUGCCAUUUUACAUUCGUCUUUUCUCUGACCUGCUUCUCUAUAUCGUGUUCCCCGUUGUUUUCACUCUGCGUCGUGAUUUGUACCCGAGAUUCAACACGCCGUGGAUCGUCCUGACAAUACCGUUGUGUGUUGCCAUCGCUAUGAAGUCACUGCCGGACAUUUAUAUUAAUAUGCACCCCGGGCAGCGGCACUGGUUUGCGUGGGUUACUACAUCGCGACUGUUGAAGGCGCUGUACGAAUGGCUGAUAAUUUCGACAAUCGUCCUUCUAGCUCUGUAUUUCGAUGGUCCUUCUGGUCGUGAUCCACUUGCACCGAAGUUCCACAUUGCUCUGGCCUUAACUCCGGUAAUGUUGUUAAUAUUAAUAUUGAAGGUGAAAUCUGCUGCUGCCUUUGUCCGAACUGGAAACUGGAGGCUUUAUCUUACUUGCUUAUUUCCAUUACUUCUGUUGGCACUUCAGGUGAUGCUGUUCGUUGGUGAGUUCAAGGACUACUAUGAAUAUAUUGGUAAACCGAUCACCACGCCUAAACCGUCGGCGUCUCAGUCCCUUUUCAUUCUUCCCUUUUCUGUUAUUGUGGUGGCGAUUUACAAGGGAUAUACCGUGGCUUCAGUUCUUUGUAGGUAG